ACCUUCGAUACUAAAGAACGCCCGAUCCACGCCAAAUCUGCCACAAGCCUCUAUGGAGCAAACAACAGCAAUGCCACCCCGUGACCGCUCUAGACCAAACAGCGCUGACUCGGAUGACAUUACUGACAGGUACUACCCAUCCUUGUCUGGAUGGACGACCGUGUUCUUCAAUCUCCAACUAUGAGACCAAGUAUUAGCGAAAGUGUCUCCAGAGACAUCCGGGUCACGCCGAAACGUUGGAACACCGUCAACUAUAGAGCUCGCUUCGAUGAUCCAUAUGCCUUGAAGAAUAGUCUGCAAGAGCAGGAUCGACUCAUCGCUCAGCACUAUCUACUACGAACCGCAUUCAAAGGUGACUUUUCUGCUCCAAUACGACAGAUCCUUGAAAAAGGUGUUGUUGUCCUUGAUGUUGGCUGUGGCCCAGGAACCUGGACAAUGGAAAUGAGUACUCUGUUCCCGCGUUCCACCUUCAUCGGCAUCGACAUCCAUGAAAACUACCCAAAACAAGUCAAGCCGAAAAACUGCCAUUUUCGUAAAUGCAACGCUGUGGGCGAUCAACUCCCGUUUCCCGACAACAGCAUUGGGUUUGUUUUUCAACGAGACUUAAACUGGGGCCUACAAGCGUCUGAUUGGACUAGGCUUAUUAAAGAAUACCACCGUGUUCUCAAGCCAGGUGGUUGGAUCGAGCUUGUAGAACCCGACAUUGAGACCCAACAAAGCUCUGUCAAAGAGCGAACACUGUAUGACAAGAUCAUUCACGUUCUGUCAUGCCGUAGCCAAGACCCUUUCGUAUCUAGAAGAUUGUCGUCGAUCUUAGCCACAAGUGGAUUCCGAAGAGUGGAAAGUCGAUUCCAGUCACUACCACUAGGGUGGAGUGGUGAUAUUGGUAACGCUUAUGCGCAUUGCUAUCAACAACAGCUACAAGCCCUCAACGGUCUGAUAGGCUCUUCAACCUUGGAGGACGCAAUUCCAACCAUCCUUGAAGAAUGGAAAGAAUUUCAUGCCUAUAUCAACUGGCAUUCUGCUGUGGCUCAAAAACCCUGGACGACUCGCAGACAAGAUGCUACAUACGACUUUCUGUAGAUGCUGUAACACCCCUUAUCCCCCCCUCCAUCGAACUGCAAAAGAAAAAAAAAAUCACCACAAGGAGGAUAUUCCGAUAUAGUUUCGACUCCAUACCCUGCUAAGAAGAAAAAUCAACGCAUUCCAUAUGUCUCUCUUAGCUCAGCUACCUGUAGUAGUUUACUAAUUUGCUCAACGUUCAUUGCUUGCAAACUGAACUUGAGCUGUUUAUCCAAACCAAAGUCUCAUUCCUAUUCCUUAAUCUCUGUUACUACCCAAACCCCCCUUCCUAUCCUAUUAUAUAGCCAUAUGUACCACUCAUUUUUCACCUUCUCGUCGUAGAACUUCAUAUGUAACAAAAACGAUGCAUUAAACAAGUGUUAAGCUGGUAGCAAGACCACCAUGUAAACCCA